UCCAAAUUUGCAUUACAGCGAAUCCCGUAUGGUGCGUUACAUGAAGAAGCUGGAGAAUAAAGAUAUUUCGCUAGUGCACUCUAUGAUUCCACUCGGCUCUUGUACCAUGAAACUUAACUCAACAACUGAAAUGAUGCCAUGCUCAUUUCGACACUUUACGGACAUUCAUCCCUUUGCACCCGUGGAGCAGGCGCAGGGCUUUCAUCAAAUGUUUAAUGAGCUGGAGCGCGAUUUAUGCGAAAUCACCGGCUAUGAUAGAAUCUCAUUCCAACCCAACUCCGGUGCACAAGGCGAGUACGCUGGACUGCGAGCUAUUCGGAGGUAUCAUGAACAUCGAAAUGAAGGGCACCGCAACAUUUGCCUAAUCCCAAUUUCUGCGCACGGCACGAAUCCAGCAUCUGCUCAAAUGGCCGGCAUGAAGGUGGAACCCAUACGCAUUCUGACAAAUGGCUCCAUUGACAUGGCGCAUUUGCGAGAAAAGGUAGCGGAGCACUCUAACGAAUUAUCGUGUUUGAUGAUUACGUACCCAUCCACCAUGGGCGUGUUCGAAGAGACCGUUGCGGACAUCUGCGCGUUGGUCCAUGCUCAUGGUGGUCAGGUCUAUUUAGACGGUGCUAAUAUGAAUGCUCAAGUGGGUCUGUGCCGACCAGGUGACUACGGCAGCGAUGUGUCACAUCUGAAUCUACAUAAGACCUUUUGCAUUCCACAUGGCGGCGGCGGCUUCGGCAUGGGCCCCAUCGGAGUCAAAGCGCAUCUGGCGCCAUAUUUGCCGGGUCAUCCUGUGGUUAGUCCGCUCGACAAUGAAGAGCAUAGUUUUGGUGCUGUCUCCUCUGCACCAUUUGGAAGCUCGGCAAUUUUACCGAUUUCCUGGUCCUACAUUAGAUUGAUGGGUAGUCGUGGAUUGAAGCGAGCCACGCAGGUUGCCAUUCUCAAUGCCAACUAUAUGUCGAAGCGCCUCGAGCAUCACUACAAAACACUUUACAAAGCACACAACUCACAACUGGUGGCACACGAGUUUAUCCUCGACAUACGAGAUUUUAAGAAAUCAGCGAACAUAGAGGCCGUUGAUGUGGCUAAACGCCUUAUGGACUAUGGUUUUCACGCCCCAACAAUGUCCUGGCCAGUGGCAGGUACUCUGAUGAUUGAGCCGACUGAAUCGGAGGACAAAGAGGAGUUGGAUAGGUUCUGUGAUGCAAUGAUAUCCAUCCGAGAAGAGAUUGCUGAGAUUGAAGAGGGUCGCAUCGAUAAGAAGGUUAAUCCACUCAAAAUGGCGCCUCACACGCAGGCUCAGGUCAUUUCAGAUACAUGGAACCGUCCCUAUACUCGGGAACAAGCUGCCUUUCCAGCUUUAUUUGUGAAACCUGAUGCUAAAAUCUGGCCCACUGUUGGUAGGAUUGAUGAUGCGUAUGGCGAUAAGCAUUUGGUUUGCACUUGCCCACCCAUUUUACCAGAUUUGUAAAUUAUUUCAAAUUAACUUUAUUUAAAAAAAUAAUAAUUGUCAACUCUAAUUAAAAAUGUGUAUUUUUACGUUAAAAUUCUUAAAAUCAACAUCAACACUUAAGCCGAAUUAUUCAUUUUUUUCUGUAUAAAUACCCC